GUUGCCAUUUUGUCAAGCAUCUUAACAUCUCGAGUUUUUUCAUGAAACUUUUUUGACAAUAUGUUAUUGUUAAAUUUCUAUAUCUAAUUUUUCUUUUUAAUUACACAAAGAUACAUAUGUAACUGACAAUAUUUCUAUAGUUUUCUCUCAAGUGAAUCCACUGUAACUAGUAACUUGAUGAAAUGCCAAUUACUCCAACACCAUUAGUUGGUACUUCAGUAAGCCCCAUGGCUAAUUCCAGUAGUAUGCAACCACUUACUCACAGUCCCGUUAAUAUAACUCCAAUAUCGAUGGAAAUGCUUAAUAGUGCAACAUCAGGUGCCAUUGUGUCUCUGCCUUCAAGCUUUUGUUUUCCAAGCAACCAGAUGGGAGUAGCUUCAAAUGCUGCAAACUCAGGGGCUCAGUUAAAUGCUAUGUCUCUGGGUUCUAUGUUUAGUGUAAAUCCAGCAGGAAUGUCUCCUCAGUUUGUUCAGCCCCUUACAGUAUCACAACAGCAAGCUUUAACCCUGUCUUUGAGCCAGCAGCAACAUCAAGGACAAAACUUACCAGUUUCCCACUCCAUCACAAUAGGACAAGUUCCACAGAACAUGGGCAUUGUCUCACAGCCUUUGCCUUUGGGACAAGUGGUGUGUUCUUCAGUAGCAUCACCAAAUUUAAGUUUUAUGACACCAACUGUAUUUACCAUGUCAAACCCUACUGGGCAAAAUCAGUAUUUGUCAAAUCCAUAUAGUCCAUUUCCCAUAAUGCUUGGAAACCAGCAAAAUAUAUUUACCAGUAUAAACACUGCUGCAACAUUACCUUCUCAAAGUGUUGAGGCCUCAUCAGUUUCUCAAGUUUCUGGACCUAGCCCAUUGCCACAUAUACCUCAUUCUUUACAAAUGCCAAGCAAUCUGACUAAUUCCAUGUCUCAUAUAACAAAUCAUCAAGUAUCAUUAAGUCAGCUGUCCAGUAACUCCAUAUCUCUAAGUCAGAUUCCAAACACUCCAGUAUCUCUAGACUCACAGCCAGUUUCUGUAUUUUCUUUCCCGUCACCGGCUAUGAGCAUUAAUUUGCCUGCAAAGUCAGUUGAGAUUAAUAGUCAGCCAUCCCCAGACACAACUAAUUCUCAUUCCACUGAUGCAGUAAUUGUUAACAAUAGUGUAGAGUUGCUAUCAAAACCCGACAUUUCUAAUGUUGUGAGCAGCAGUACAUCAUCCUCAUUUUAUCCUGCCUCAAGUCCUUCGCCUGUUUCUGAAUCUAAAGACAUACAGACAACAAUAAAAAAAGAAUCAAGUCCAGUAAUUUUGUUUGAUGUCAAACCACUGGUUGGCUGUGCACGCAUGAAAUAUACACCUAUAGAGAAAGACAAUUCCAGAAUAACAGAUGUUAGAAAAAAUCUUGUCAAUAUGAGAGAAGAGGAUAGCUAUUUAGAGAAUACAGAAGCAGAAAAUAUUGGAUCAGAACUUACGCCAGACAGAGUUACACCAGAAAUUAACUUUAAAUCACUAGGGAUAAAGAUUGAAAUAUGUGAUGAACUUGGUCAAGAUGAUGGAAACAAACAUUCCCUGUCACCUAUAGAAAGUCUUGAACUUGUGAAAAAAAAUGAAAAUCACAGUGAGUCAAACACAAAAGCAGACGCCAUGGGUGAUUUAGCUGAUGUGGAGGAUUUGGAAGAUGUUGAAUUUGUCUGGGAAGAUUAUCUGAAAGAGACUGGCGCAUCAGCUGUGCCACCAACUGCUUUUAAGCAUGUUGAAGUAAGUCUCCAAAGUGGUUUUUCAAAAGGAAUGAAGCUAGAGGCUCCAAACAAGCAUAAUCCAAAUACUUAUUGGAUUGCCACUGUCGUUAUGACUUGCGGUCCCCUACUCAGACUAAGAUACGAAGGCUACAAAGACAAUAGCUCAGCUGAUUUCUGGAGUGAUCCUAUGACAUCAGACAUACAUCCAAUAGGAUGGUGUGAGGUGAACAAUAAAACUUUGCAGCCACCAGAAGCACUUCAAGAAAAGAUCCCAGACUGGCAUGAGUUUCUGAAUGUUUGCUUAAAAGAUGCAAUUACUGCUCCGUCAUAUCUUCUGGACAAGUCCACGGGUGCAACACCAGUAGAUCAAAUUAAAGAAGGCAUGAGGCUGGAAAUUCAAAACAAGACUAGACCUGACAAGGUUUGGCUAGUUAAAAUAGUUGAAAACAUCGGAGGGCGACUUUACCUACGUUAUGAAGGUUUGGAAACAGCCACUCAUGACUUUUGGCUUUUCUAUCUAGAUGAGAAGUUACACCCUAUAGGAUGGUGUAAUCUUUCUGGAUAUGAGUACCAUCCACCUGAAGUGGUCAUAGAAAAAUCUGGGAAAUCUGAAAAAGAACUUUCAGAAGUUCUUCAAGCUGCUCUGGAUGAUGCAACUAGUCAAAAAUUACCUGCUGAUAUAUUUAAAGAUCAACCUACAAUAGAAACUCACAAUUUUGAGAUUGGCAUGAAACUUGAAGCAGUAGAUCCUACUAAUGGAAACAGUAUAUGUCCAUCCACAGUAAUUGAUGUAAUAGAUAAGAAGUAUUUUAUUGUUGAAAUAGAUGAUCUUAGGAAAUCAAACAACUUGAGGAAAGUUCAAUUUUCAUGCCACCGCAAUACACCUACAAUCUUUCCUAUCAACUGGGCAGUCAGUAAAGGGAUCAAAUUAGCCAUGCCACAAGGGUGGGAUCAACCUGACUUUAAGUGGUCUGAUUAUCUUGUUGCAUGCAAGGCAGUUCCUGCUCCUGGAAAUCUUUUUAAUAUGGAUUUGCCUGAACAUGAGUUUGAGUGUGGAAUGAAACUAGAGGCUGUGAAACCAAGUCAACCUUCUCAAAUAUAUGCUGCCACUAUAACUAAGAUAGUUGAACAUCUUAUGUGGAUUCAUAUAGAUAGCAGCAAGAGAAUGAUGGAUAGUCAUGUUGAGAGUGUUAAUUCUUUUAACCUGUUUCCCAUUGGUUGGUGUGUGAGUAAUGGUUACCAACUAAAACCUCCAGGAAGAAUUUUAGGUUCCUCACCUUCAAAAAGACGCAUAGCUAUUGUUCAGCCAGAACUGGCAGAUAAUCAAAAAACAGACUAUCAAGUACAUAGCAGUACUGGAAGAGAACUCUUUGGUGGUCCACAAAUUUAUUUUAAUCACAGGUGCUUUUCUGGGCCUUAUCUGAGCAAAGGUCGCAUUGCAGAACUUCCUAGAUGUGUUGGGCCAGGACCAGUAACGCUAGUCAUGAAAGAAGUUUUGAGUAUGUUGAUUAAUACUGCAUAUAAAUCUUGUAGAGUCUUGCGUGAACUACAACUGGAUGGGAGGCCAAACCCCAACUUAACGCAGCAGCUAUUAAAAGCUAAAUACAAAGGAAAAAGCUACAGAGCCAUUGUAGAAAUUUGCAGAACAGCUAGUCAAUUAGAAGAUUUUUGCCGGCACAUUUGUAUGAAAUUGGAAUGUUGUCCAAACUUAAUCAGCCCUCAUUUUGUCAAUGGAAGAUGCCCUGAGAACUGCGCACAGCUGACAAAGACAAAAUAUACUUACUACUAUGGAAAAAGAAAGAAAAAGAUUGGACGGCCCCCAGGGGGUCACAGCAACUUGGAAAAUGGGCCAAAGAAAACAGGAAAAAAUAAAAAGAGGAAAAACUUUGGGCUGAUCGGCAGUAAACGCUCAACCCAACCAUCAGUUCAUGAUCAUGGAGAAAAUGAUGAUGAUAAGGCAAGUGUAUGUAGUGACACAAAGACUGUGGACAGCACAAGUACAACUGGCUCUAAAGAGAGAGCAGAGAGUAAAUCUUCUAAGAAUAAUCUUAAAAGACGCUACACCCAUCACAUACCACCACCUUCUGAAAUAAGAACUAGAGGGGCUAAACUUCCAAAAUACAGUUUUGAAAAACGAACCCAUAAAAAAAUAAUGAUUGUUGAAGGAUCACAGCAGAGUGUUAAGACAAGAAAAGAGACAAUUAAGACAUCAAGAAUGUUACGAGAAUCACAGCAAUCAAGUGAAAGUAGUUUUUCUUCUAUAAGACCUGAAAUGCCAGUUACUUUGAAGUCUGAACCUCCACUCAAGCUAGAUAAAAACCCUUUAGAGUGGACAGUUUCUGAAGUUGGGGACUUUUUACAAACAACUGACUGUGCUGAUAGAGAAUUAGUUGCUCGUCUGAAAACUGAGGAAAUUGAUGGUCAAGCCCUGCUGUUGUUGACUUUACCAAAUGUUCAAGAAUACAUGGGGAUAAAACUUGGACCAGCAAUUAAGUUGUGCCAUUUAAUUGAGAGAAUCAAAAUAGCAUUUUAUGAAUCAUUUGCUAAAUAAUUGAGGAUAAUUUUGUUCAUUAACUUGUAUACAAUUCUGUUGUAAACAGAAUUCAAGUUUCUUAUUCUGUGCAAUGUUUUCAUUUUCACUUAUUACUAUUAGAUGUAGUAAUAAUAAAAGAUAAUAUUGUCAACAUCUAGGUUUAUCAUUUGAGACUGAACACAUUUAUAAUAGUCAUUAUAGGACGACAAGGUCGGGUGAUAGAGCGCUUGAAUACGAACCGGAAAGUCUUGGUUUCAGAACCUAGUCUGGACUUGAGUAUGAAGGUUCUCCUUUAGUCCAUCCAGCUGAUGGCUAUAUGACUCACGUUAGUGAAUGUAAAGGUGGCUGGACAUAGUGCUGAUCACACCAUUCCUUCAUACGCGAGGUCAAGAAACAUGUUUACUUCAUCUGCCCUAUGGAUUGUUAGGUCUGAAAGGGGAAAUUUACAUUUUUAUAAAUGUCAAUAUUUUUAUAUUUUUUCGUGAACAUUUUUGUAAAUCAAUUCUUUUUUAAGUUUUGAAGAAGCACAUAUUCUUUCCUUAUCUUCUUACAAAAAUUAUUCACAUUUUGAUUUAAGAUUAUUUGGCAUUUUGUGUCUUUCAUUGUAUGUGCUACAAAUUGAGAGAUUACAAUACUACUUUUAUGGAAUAUUCAUUUAUUUAAAUAUUAUAUUUUAAGCUUAAGUGUGCAUGGUCUGUGAUCAAUAGUUGUAUUUGACUACAUCAAGGAAAGUAUGUGAAUUUUGUCCCGGUACAGUUGUCAAAUUUUCUUCCUUUAACUCUCUGUUGUAAUUUGCGAUUGACUAUUGUAAACUGAUCAUUUAAUGUUUUUGUGAUUUUAAAUGUUCAAACACAACUUUCAACUAGAGAUAAGUUACUGUGGUUCAUAUAUUUAACAGUAUAGCUGUAUACAUUUACUUUUUUCUUAAUUGCCCAGUUCUCUAAGAAGUAAGACCUUUUAAUUAGCAAAUAUACAAAUAAAACAUGCACAAAUGUGGAAGAGCUACAAAAAUGCGUUUUACCAUACCAAAUUUAAGCUGAAUAAAAAAUCUGAGACAAGUAAAAAGACAAUGUUUAAAAUUUCAAUUGACCCACUAUGAUUCUUAGCAGGGUUUUUAAUGUUUCUUUACCUGACCUUAAUUUGAGUUGGAUUAACCCUGUCAAUGUCAUGAAAUGUGGAAUGGGUUGAAAAUUCACCAUAGAAGAUUAACCCUGUCAAUGUCAUGAAAUGUGGAAUGGGUUGAAAAUUCACCAUACAGCUUAAAGAAAUGUUUUGUCAAAGUAGCAAAAAUGAAAUUUAGACCCUAUUUUGUGUGCAAUGCUAAUAUAUUGAAAGUUUCUAUUGUAAAUCUGUGUUGUAUGGUAAUGAGAUCAUAUGUAUAUAUGUAAUCAGUAUGUGGUAAUUUUAAGUGCAAUAUUUGUUGUUUUUCUUGUAAUGUUAGAUCUGUGUGCUUAGAUUUAUAUAAUUUUGAAUUGUCAUACCAAGAUAUAAUAAGAUGUUAAGAAUUUACAUAGAAAAUCAUUCAAAUUUUUUUUUCAAACCUUAAAGUAUUGAAAUCGCUUAUCAGAAAGAACUUCAAUAAAAUAAAUAAUGACUUAACUAACAAAAUAUUAACCUUUUGAUCAUUGACUAUCAUACACAAAAAUAAUUAUUUCCACUCAUUUUUUAUUUCCUUACAUUUUAUGUGAAGGCAUAAUAGAACAGGUAAAUAGGGGAACAGCUGCAGCUGUUUAUUUUACUAAUACUCAGCUCUUACAUUUUAAAAUUUGCUAUAUUAAUAUGGGGCACAUGAAUGUUUUAACUAUUGGUUACAUUUCAUACAGGGCUUUUAAGCUUUUACUUUAUUGACUGAAAAAUAAUUUUUAAGAAUACUUUAAAGAACUUCAAUCAAUUUACUGAUACAAUAAUUACAAGUGAUAUCAAUUUAUAAAUAACUCAAUGUACAUGCAUCUCAAAAAGUCAUAUCACUUUGUAUUGAUUUAGUCCAGUGUUGAAUAAGUAUCAGUAUUAUUGGGUGCUCAAAAAUAUCUGAUUUGUUGUGAUCAUUGUUUUUAUGUACAGCGUUUGUAAAAUGUACCUAAUUUAUUAUACAAGAUAUGGCAAUAGAUCUGUUUUGCACUAUGUAUAUAACCAUGAUACCAAUAGUUAUUAAAAGAGUUAUUCCAUUUUUUAAAAAUUUUGUGAUAGUAAACAAAAUCUUAUUUCCAUUUUAAAUGUGCAUUUAAUUUUAAACAAUAUUCCAUUAAAUCUAACAUUGAAAGAAAUUUGAAUGUGCACAUAUUUAUCUUCAUCACAGAGUAUGCAGAGAUUUUGUUUGCAUAUCCUGAGUUUCAUCUUUUCACUUAGUAUGCACAGACCAGAAUUGUUAUCUUCAGAAAUUGCAGCUUGCAUUCCAGCAUUAAAAUUGCUAACUAUAUAUUUUUUAAAAUUAGGCAAAAAGGUCAAUUGUUCCAUAAUUUGGAAUCAAAUAAAUUGACAUUGAUUUGUGUUAAAAUAUGCGUGAGGUUAACCUAGCAUCAACCAUGCUAUAGUGCAACAUAUUUGUAAUUAACAAAAUAUCCUGCUGAAACCAUUGAAACAGUUACAAACUGUUUAUGAAGGAAAUCAAAACAUGAACUAAAUAUAAUUUUAUAAAGUGUAUUAAGUUAUGAAAUUCUAGGUUACACAUAGGAUAAGUCUCAGUAAAAUCAUUCCAGUUUUAGUGAGUUUAAAAACUGCAUGUAAAUAUUUUUUGUUUUUCACUUCAAGUCUGGCUGUGCUUGAUGUAGACAUUUUUAUUUUACUACCAAAAAUAUUUGGCAUUUGAGUACCAAAAUGUUGAUCUGGUUAAUUUUUCACACAUUUAACAAAAAAAUUACAACUGGGAAUAUUUUAACGAGUGCUAUUUUUUUCAUGUUUCUAUAUUAUGUGCUAUUGUUUAGAAAAUAUGUAUAAAAAUAUAUUUAAGAAUUAUAAAUGUGCUUCAUUCACAUACAUUACUGCAUUUGAAAUUUGGCAUUUCAAUAAACAUUUUGUUUAAAUA